UGGCUGGCAGGCUUAUGACGCCAGAGCACACACACAACUAAGCGGCUGACUAGAGGCAGUCGUCUGGGAUAAAGUCUAAUACAUUGUGUGUGGGUGGGUGGUGAAGAAUGAAUGAAUGAAUGAAUGAAUGAAAGUAAAAAGGGUAUAGAGGAAAACUUGAGACUGUCUCUGGUUAACUCACAAGACAGGAAAGAGUGUUUAACGCGCUCAAGCAUACAAGUAUUUUCUGAACGACACUUGCGUACACGACAUUUGCGGACAAAACGAAAGCCUAUUGAAAUUGGAACUAGCGGAAAUUUGGGCCUUAUCCAGUAACUUGUCCUAAAUUUUCG